GGGCUGAUCCCAGCUCAUGGUGGUGGGGCUGCUGGGGUGGGAUGCCACGUGCACUCACAGCACCACGCCACGGUGCUGCCUGGCCACCAAACCUGCCCCAUCCAGGGAGAAUGGGUCCCCGGGGCUGGCACCCACUGCGGGGUCUGCUGCUGCCUGCCCCUCGGGCACCCUGGGCUACCCCAGUCUCCCUGCCUCAGUUUUGCUGCUGGAGAGCAGGCUGGCAGCAUGGGAAUGGGGAUGGGCAAUCACGGGAGGUCUCCAAAGAUUUGGGGAAGGAUGGACAUGAACCAGAGCAACAGCGCUGGAUGUGGCUCAGCCCCGGCCACCCGCCUGGUCUCCGUGCCAUGACCCUCUCCAGGAUCAGGAUCUGUGCCUGCUGCCAGCAGCCUGGGAAGCCACAAUCCGUUCUGGGGGGCACCGGGCUGUGGCUCAACCCUGGGCUAAAACAGUGGCCCAGCCGUCCUCCUCCUUGAGGCAGGAUCCAUCCCAGCACUGCCAGUCCCCAGGGCCAGCAGGCAACAGCCAGGUGGGGGGCACUGGGGGCACCCUCAUUUCCCUCUCCAGACACAGUGCUGGGCACGGGGCAUCACCCAGUCCCCAACGUGCUCUGGGCUGGGUCUCACACAAGGCUUCAUUCAUCCAGGACUGGGCAGUUAGAGGGUGAAGGGGCCAACACUGUCACCUAACACGGGUACAAGUUAUCCCUGCUCUUGUGUAACCUGUUGCAUAAAGUGGGGGCGGGCAGGGGGUGCUGCCAGCAGCGGGGGCUAUAAAGCCGGGUGCAGGAAGAAGCAGAUCCAUGCAGCCUCUCCUGCCCGCAUCCAGCCCCCCAAGCCAGGAUGAUGGUGACGCUGCCCAGCCUGGCGCUGGCCCUGCUCUCCCUGCUGCGGGCAGGGGCCGAGGUCCCUGUGCAGUCGAGCUUCAGCGCUGAGAAGUUUGCAGGGACGUGGCAUAUCGCAGCUGCCGCUUCCAACUGCUCCGUGUUCCUGAAGAUUAAGGACGGGAUGAAGUCAGCCACCAUCACCAUCAGCCUCACACCAGAGGAUGACCUGGAUAUGAAGCUUGUCUGGCCUGUGCUGGACAAAUGCCAAAAGUUUGAGCUGCUCUUCCAGCGAAGUGGACAGACAGGGCACUACGUGGCAGCACAAGAGAAGAAGGACAUGCAUGUGAUGGAGACGGACUACAGCCACUACGCCAUUGUGCACCAGCUCCAGCAGAAUGGGCAGGAACGGCCCAGAACUGCGCUGCAGCUCUUGACAAGGGAGCAGGAUGUGACUCCCCAGCUCCUACAGAGGUUCAAAGAGCUCAUCCCCACCGUGGGCCUGACCAAGGACAUGCUGGCUGUCCUGCCCAAGUCGGAUCACUGCACCGAGGUCAUCAGCUAAAGGGGCCAACACCAGGGCCACAUGUCCUCCAGACCUGGUGGAAAUUGCGCUCUGCUCCCUCAUUCCAUGGUGCCCCUUCCCAUCCUCCCUGGCCAGGCUCUGCCAGCCCUGCUGCCCCACACCAGGAUCACGCCUCGCCCUCCUAAAUAAACAGGUGCAGAAGCUGC